UGCGCUCAGACAGAAACACACAGAGAAACACACCGAGGAGCAGAAACAGAAACCAUUCACCUCCUAUCCAUCAUGGAUACUCUUUGGGCUCGUACUCUUCUCUUUGCUGGAUAAACCUUUGGACCUACAUUCGUAUCAUGGGAAUAUACUGUCUGCGCGCUCGGUCCCGUGGAUGUCUAUAGUCUUGAUGGAAAGCAUGUCCCCGCAGCAGGGGACCAUGGGACAGAACAGGUCCGACUCUCUGACGGGAGGGGGCAAGGCUCUUCCCGACAGCAAAAAGAAGAUGAAGACUUUGGCCCAGAGACGACAGUCGGCUCCCUCGCUGGUCAUCAGCAAAGCACUUACCAGAUCCAGAAGCACAUCCAGGGAAAGCUGCUUGACGCCAGUCAGCCCGGAUUCCUGUCCCCUGGUCCAGGCCUUCCUGGCUGAGUGUCCACGCAGAUUAUUCUUGGGUCAUAUUCAAACGCAGCUGAAGACGGGCCUGCAGACCCAGGAGAGACACCUCUUCCUCUUCACAGACACGCUGCUUGUCGCCAAGGCAAAGUCUUCCACUCACUUCAAAGUGAAGGCCCAGGUCCGAGUGUGUGAGAUGUGGACGGCCAGCUGCCUGGAGGAGGUGUGUGAGGGAAGCACCAACCCAGAGAGGAGCUUCGUCAUGGGCUGGCCCACCUGCAACUGUGUGGCCUCCUUCAGCUCCGAAGAGCACAAGGACAAGUGGUUUGCACUCAUCAAAAGUCGGAUACUUGAGGGAAAAGAGAAGGACGACCCCAAGACCAUCCCUCUGAAGAUUUUUGCAAAGGAUAUUGGAAAUUGUGCAUAUGCCAAAACGCUUGCGGUCAGCCACACUGACAGCACCUCUGAUGUCAUCCGCAUGGCUCUGCUGCAGUUUGGCAUUUCGGGCUGCGAAAAAGACCACAGGUUGUGGGUGAGCUCCAGUAAGGACGAGCCUCCGUACCCUCUCAUUGGCCACGAGUUUCCCUUCAGCAUUAAGAUGAGCCACAUUCGGGAUGGGGGGAGCAGCGUGGGGGGGGCAGGGAGGGAUCCAUCGACUCCCACAGACUCUCCAGGCGUUCUGCUGUUGGACCAGUGUCUCCCCCCCGACACCCAGUGCCAGUUCAUCCUCAAACACAGCAAAGUGACCCCGGGACAGACUUCACUUAUAGAGCCUGGUCAGCAGAAGACCUUUAAGAGGAAGAGGUCUCUGAUCAACUGGCCUUUCUGGAGAGGCUCCAACACGCAGCUGGACGGCCUCCCCCUCUCCCCCAACUCCCUCUCCCCAACUCAGGGUCGUCUGUUCGGGCGCCCGCUGAGCUCCGUCUGCUCUUCAGACCACGGCCUGCCCAAGCCUGUCAUGGACAUGUUGGUGUUCCUGUUCCUGGAGGGGCCGUACACACGGGGCAUCUUCAGGAGGUCCGCCGGGGCCAAAGCCUGCCGGGAGCUGAGGGACCGAGUGGACAGUGGGAGCGAAGACCCCGAGAUCACACACCAGUCUGUGUUCGUCAUCGCUGCUGUCCUCAAGGACUUCCUGAGAAACAUCCCGGGCAGCCUGCUGUGUGUGGAUCUGUACGAGCAGUGGAUGGAUGUGAUGGAGGGGGAGGCGGGAGAGGAGAGGACGCAAGCUGUCCAAAGGUUGCUGCAGCUCCUGCCCAGCGACAACCUGCUGCUGCUGCGUCAUGUGAUCGCCGUGCUGCACUGUAUCCAAGGCAACGCCCACGACAACCAGAUGAACGCCUUCAACCUGUCCGUCUGCAUCGCUCCCAGCAUGCUUGGGGCUCCAGCGCCGAGCACCCCCGAGAUGGAGGGGGAGGGCACCAAAAAGGUGUGUGAGCUGGUCCGCCUCCUCAUAGAGAACUGCACCAUGGUGCUGGGAGAAGACGUGACCUCGCUGUUCAGGAGCUUCAGCCAGAAGAGCAGCAACAGUGACCACGGCUCAGAUGUGUCGUCCUUCCAGAUGAACGACUCGUCCUACGACAGUCUGGAGAACGAGCUGAACGACGACCCCGAGUCUCCCUUCCAAGAGCAGCUUCCUCUUCGAGACAAAGACAAGCCGGACAGCCUCAGUCGAGACUCUGUCAUCACGCUCAGCGACUGCGACCCCGACCCUGACCCCGACACGGACCACCUGCUGCAGCUGCCCCCGCUGGCCAGGCCGCGCAUGUUCAGUCCCGCGGUCCGACAGCCUCGAACCCGCCAAUCAAACGGGGCGUCGCAGGGUCCCCGGAGACUGAGGAGGAGCUCGGAGCCCGCCUUGACCCUGUCCAGCACUCCUCCAUCAGACACGUUGAUGCCGCACGCAGAUCUAACGGUGAGAAAGGUGAGCUACGACGCUGCCAUGGAGAGAGAGGAAGAGGAGGAAGAGGUGUUUCUGCAGCAGGGGGUGAGUGGACUACAGCUGAAGGAGGAGGGAGAGGAAGGUUGUGAGAAGGGAGGAGGAGCCAAAGUGCAGAAUGGUGGGCGGAGGAAGAUGAAACACGCCCCUCCUCCUCCGCUGCGAUUGGAUGUCAGCUGCUCCAGUCUGUCGUCACCGGCGACCUCACCCACAGGCUCCUCCCUCAGCUCGUUAGACUCCGCCUUCUCACAGUACUCCACUGACUACGCCAGCAAUGGGGCAAAUCCAUUGGCCGAGCCGCCACCACCGCUCUCCCCUCUGUUUCCUGGACGUCCUCCGUUGUCACCGAGAGACUCCCCGCCUCAGAGGGAAGCCCCGCCUCUUUGGCCCACACAGGGCAUGAGGACCAAUCAAACGCUCCCUCACCAUCACGGCCUCCACCCUAACACGUGGCUAAAGAAGGACCGCCGCCUGUCACUAAAGCACUCUGAUAAUAAUGGACACUCGGAGGAGCCUGAAGUGAACGGGAAAACAGACACAAAUGGGAAAACAGACACAAACGGUAACAGCUGCUCUGACGUUCAGGAGGUGGAAGUGAACAGAAACUGCGGGCGUAGAUCCAGCAGCCCUCCGUCGUACCAUCAGGCGUUAAUGCAGCUGCAGCGCAGUCGCUCUCCCUUCUACAGGGGGACAGAGAAACCUCUGACGGUCCGAGAGCUGAGGCAGCUCCAAGACCCGACCAACAGAUCCAUCCAGAAACUACUCACAGGAAGUGAGGUCACACACAGCACUGCUGGAAACGAGUCUGUGCAGCCGCCACAGGGUGUUUUCUACGGGCAGAACGCCACCACCCUGGUCCUCAAGAAGCAAAAGUCCCACUCUAUAGCCCUCGAUGGAAACAGAGGGCAAAGGACGCUCCCUCACCCCCGCAGAGCAUCUGAACCCUCCAACGUCACGGCGAGCUCUCCCCCCUGCAGCCUCACUCUGGACAGACCUCGCUCCUCUAAGGCCCGGUCCAAAGAUGGCGGCCUGAGGGUGUCACAGGUGGAGCCCAACCACGCCGAGCCAAGCUUCUGCCUGUCUCCCUCCGCCACCCUGGCUGUAAGGGACUACUUCUCCUCGCAGCAGGGUGAGGAGGAUGCGGACGCGUGCCUGCGGAGGAGUCAGGAGGUGGCGCUGGCCAUCGUUCAGGGGAAGAGGGACUGGCAGAGCAGGCGCUGCAGCGACCCGCCGGCGGAAGACUUUGACCAGCUUUUUUUUGCAGAAGAGUCAUACGUGUAAAUAAGGAACUCUGUACAGACGGAUUGUGUAUAAGAAACUGUUUUUUAUCUGUUUAAUUCACUUUGUGAUAAUGUUCCCCCGUAUACACCCCUUUCAGUGGUAGUCAUCCAUAAACAAAAAGGUGUUGCAGUUUGUGGUACGGUCAAGGUUUUAGAUUUGAAAAGGUACCGAUGAACCUUGUUCGCCUCCUUGUGGUUGUUCACUACUCAAAUGUAUUCUGACUCCCUGUCAAUAGUAGACUUUGAAGGCGUUAGUUAUAAUCCAUUAAAUUCAUUUUUGAUACCUCUUUCAUGUAUUUGAUGAAGUUGCUUUGUAACUAGGGGUCCUACAAUGGUUAAUUAUUAGGCAGUAAUGCUUGAUUCUGUGAAUUCAAUACAGACAAGAUGUGAUUCAUUGGACAUCUGGGUCCCUAAACAAUCGUUAAAGCUGCUGUCAAAACAAGUCAGAGUUACAGCUCAAGUACCAACAAAAAUCUGGGUCCUCUAAAAAGUAUUUAGUGUGUCCUUGUUUUGGAAUGUGAUGAAGCUUUUUAAAAAGAAAUGAAGGAAGAGGAGCUCCUCAGAAAUGAAAGAGAAAG